UUGCCACAGUCUGACCGCGCUGUCACUAUUCGUAAAGAUAAGAGGGAGGACCUGCUUUCAAAGCGACGCAAUAUAAAUCUCCAAGAUGAAAGUGCGCGAUCGUUAGCAGAAAUGGAAACAUUGGACAAUAGUGUGCAGUUGCGUCAGAUAGUGGCAAUGGCGCAAAGUGAUGAUCCGUCUUUCAAGUUGGCGGCCGUUCAGCAGGCCCGUAAAAUGUUGUCAUCCGAUCGAAAUCCACCCAUUGACGACCUCAUCUCCAGCGACAUUCUCCCUAUACUCGUCAACUGCCUGGUUUCUGAGGAUGUCCACUUGCAAUUUGAAGCAGCUUGGGCAUUGACGAACAUCGCAUCUGGAACUUCAGAACAAACGCAAGCGGUGGUAAACGCUGGUGCAGUACCGCUGUUUCUCGAUUUGUUAAGCAGUGCUAAUGUAAACGUGUGUGAGCAGGCAGUUUGGGCUCUUGGUAACAUCAUCGGUGACGGUCCACACUUUCGAGAUUACUGUAUUCAGCUUGGUAUCCUUCCUUUACUUCUCAAUUUUAUUACACCCGAAACACCACUUGGUUUUUUGCGCAAUGUUACAUGGGUUAUUGUCAAUUUAUGCCGCUCCAAAGACCCUCCACCUACACCAGACAUAGUGAAGACAAUAUUGCCAGCGUUGGUCUUGUUGAUCCACCAUGACGAUCAAAAUAUCCUUGUCGAUACUGUUUGGGCAUUGUCGUAUCUUACAGAUGGAGGUAACGAACAGAUCCAGUUGGUCAUCGAUAGUGGAAUAGUUCCAUCACUUGUACCAAUGCUUGGUCAUACUGAUGUGAAAGUUCAAACGGCAGCACUACGAGCUGUUGGUAAUAUUGUAACAGGGUCAGAUGAGCAAACACAGCUUGUACUGGAUUGUGGUGUGCUACAGGAGAUGCCUCAACUUCUUUCGCAUCAUAAGGAUAAAAUUAAUAAAGAAGCUGUAUGGUUCUUGUCGAAUAUCACUGCUGGGAAUCAAAGUCAAGUACAGGCCGUGCUCGACGCCGGUCUCAUGCCUUUAAUCAUCAAUUUGAAGCCGCGUGGGCUGUGUCGAAUGUCGAGCAGAUGGUUAACUGUGGUGAGCCACAAAUUAUCCAAGUUUGUUCCAUAUUUUUACCCCCUUGUCUGUGUUCUUUUUUUUGAAAUCGCCAGGAACUCCUUGUCAGUUGUUCUCGAUGGUAUUAACAACAUUCUUAAAAUGGCUGGUUCAGGAUUAGAAUCGAUAUGCGCCCAAAUUGAGGAAUGCGGAGGUCUGGACAAAAUCGAGCAGCUGCAAAGUCAUGAUAACGAAGAGAUAUAUAAAUUGACCUAUGAGAUAAUUGACACCUAUUUCAAGUGCGUUCUGUUCUAUUCGCCUCUUUUGACUUUGUUUAAAAACGGAGGAAUUUCACCGCCCAGUGGGGAAAUUCCGCCCGCUCCCCAUCCAGUUUGUACCUUUUUUCAAGUUUUGUAA